AUGGCUGAAAUCGUUCUUUCUGCAUUCUUGACAGCGGUCUUUGAAAAGUUGGCCUCUGAAGCCUUGAAGAAGAUUGCUCGCUCCAAGGGAAUUGAUUCUGAGCUCAAGAAACUGAAGAGGUCAUUAAUCCAGAUCAGAGCUCUGCUUAAUGAUGCUUCUCAGAAGGAAAUAAGUGAUGAAGCUGUUAAUGAAUGGUUGAAUGGUCUCCAACAUUUGUCUUACGACAGAAACGACUUACUUGAUGAUUUGGCAACCGAAGCUAUUCAUCGUGAGUUGACCGAUGAAUCUGGAGCCUCAACCAGCUUGGUAAGAAAGAUCAUCCCAACUUGUUGCACAAAUUUCUCUCUAAGUAGUAGGAUGGGUAGCAAGUUAGAUAAUAUUACCAUCAAGUUACAAGAACUGGUAGAGGAAAAAGAUAAUCUUGGUUUAAGUGUGAAAGGUGAAAGCCCAAGACAUAUAAAUAUAAGAUUACAGACCUCUUUGGUAGAUGCAUCUACCAUUGUUGGUCGUGAAGGUGAUAAAGAAUCAUUGCUCCAUAAGCUGUUGGGGGGCGAACCAAGUGAUAGAAACUAUAGCAUCGUGCCCAUAGUUGGUAUGGGUGGGGUCGGUAAGACCACUCUAGCUAGACUUUUAUAUGACGAGAUGCAAGGGAAGGAUCAAUUCGAACUCAAGGCAUGGGUUUGUGUUUCUGACGAGUUUGAUAUCUUUGGUAUAAGCAAAACUAUCUUGGAAUCCAUAGGUGGCAGAAACCACGAAAUUAAGGAUUUAAAUUUGCUUCAAGUAGCUAUACAAGAAAAGAUUUCAAAAAAACGAUUUCUUCUAGUUCUUGAUGAUGUUUGGAGUGAAAGCUAUGCGGAUUGGGAAAUUUUGGAACGCCCAUUUCUUGCAGGGGAAGCCGGAAGUAAAAUUAUUAUGACGACUCGAAAGAUGUCAUUGCUAACCCAAUUGGGUUACGAUCAACCUUACCAUCUUUCGGUUUUGUCAUGUGACAAUGCUCUAUCAUUAUUUUGUCAACAUGCCUUGGGGAAAAGUAACUUUGACUCACAUCCGACACUAAAACCGCAUGGCGAAGGUAUUAUCGAAAAAUGUGCCGGUUUGCCAUUAGCUUUGAUCGCACUUGGGAGGUUGUUGAGGACAAAAACAGAAGAAGAAUGGAAGGAGUUGUUGAAUAAUAAAAUAUGGGAGUCAGGAAAGGGAGAUGAGAUUGUUCCGGCUCUUAAACUAAGCUAUAAUGAUCUCUUUGCCUCUUUGAAGCAGUUGUUUGCAUACUGCUCCUUGUUCCCAAAAGACUAUUUGUUCGAUAAGGAGGAGUUGAUUUUGUUGUGGAUGGCGGAAGGGUUUUUGCACCAAUCAACCACAAGCAAGUCUAUGGAACGCUUGGGCCAUGAAGGUUUUGAUGAAUUGUUGUCAAGGUCAUUUUUUCAGCAUGCCCCUGAUGCCAAAUCGAUGUUUGUGAUGCAUGAUAUCAUGAAUGAUUUGUCAACAUCUGUGGCAGGAGAUUUUUUUUCAAGGUUAGAGAUUGAGAUGAAGAGGGAAUUUAGGAAGGAAGCUUUGGAAAAGCAACGCCAUUUCUCGUUGGUUUGUGAGGAUUACAUGGUUUACAAAAGGUUCGAGGCAUUCAAAGGAGCUGCAAAUUUGAGAACAUUCUUAGCAGUAUAUUCUGGGAAAAAGGAAAGUUGGAGAACAUUUCAGUUAUCAAAUAAGGUGCUCGAUGACUUACUUAUUGAGUUUCCAUUGUUAAGGGUCCUCAGUUUGUGUCAACUUAGUAUAAGUGAGGUACCUGAAUCAAUUGGUACUUUGAAGCACUUGCGGUAUCUUAAUUUAUCUGGAACUGAAAUCACACAUUUACCGAAUAAUGUUUGCAACCUUUAUAAUUUACAGACGUUGAUUGUUUCUGGCUGUUAUUGUUUGAAAAAGUUGCCUGAGAGCCUCGCAAAGCUCAAAUAUUUGCGGCAUUUUGACAUGAGGAAUACUCCAAGUGUAAAGAAGGUGCCCUUAGGGAUUCUUGAGUUGAAAAGCCUACAAACUCUGUAUGGGGUCGCUUUUGGAGGAGACAACGGAUUUUCAAUAAUUGACAUUAAAGAUUUAAAAGCUCUCCAAGGGAAAAUUACCAUUAAGGGGCUGGAAAAAGUACAAGGCUCAAUGCAUGCACAGGAAGCGAACUUAUCUGAAAAGAAGAUAAGUGAGUUAGAGUUGGAAUGGACUGAUGAAUUUGAUGGUUCUCGAAAGGAAACGCUUGAAAAGGAGGUUCUCACUGAGCUCAAGCCUCAUAAUGAUACUUUAAAAGAACUAAAAAUCAUGUCAUAUGGAUGUAUAGAGUUUCCAAGUUGGGUUGGGGAUCCCUCGUUUGGUCAGCUGACUCGUGUUUGGAUAAGUGAUUGUAAAAAGUGUACAUAUCUACCGCCACUUGGGCAGCUACCAUCGCUGAAGGAGUUGUUUAUUAAAGGCAUGGAUGAGGUGAAAGGUGUGGGUUUGGAGUUUCUUGGGACUACUGGUCUUGCAUUCCCUUCACUUAAAGAUCUAACUUUUCAAGAUAUGAAAGGGUGGGAGGCAUGGUCAACCAAUAAUAAUGGGGUAGUUGUGGAUACAGCAUUUCCAUGCCUUCAAGAGCUUCGUAUUGAAAGUUGUCCUAAUUUGCUUAGAGUCUCAAUUGAACCAUUACCUUUUGUCAGGGUUCUAAGGAUAAGUGGGUGUGGUCAUGAAGUGGUAGGAAGUCUGGUUCAUGUAGCUUCAUCAGUCACCAAGUUGGAGAUAAGUUCUAUUUCAGGACUUAAUCAUCAGGUGUAG